CUCGUCGAUUCGCCUUCCGCCGCCUAACCGAUCGAUCGCCAUGGAGAAGCAGCAGCAGGAGAGGAUGCUCCUCCAAGCCGCCUUCGACGGCAACCUCCGUCUCGUCAAAAGUAACCGACCAAGCUCGUGUUUGCUCUUUUAUCUUAGGGUUCGUAGAUCUGCCCUAUGUGUGGAUCCAAGUGCGUUUAGUACUUGACUCAAUGCUAAGCAUUUCCCGUCGCGCGCGUGUGCCAACUGCCAAGAGAUGGCGCGGAGGCUCAACUCCGGGCCAGGCGAGGCGGCCAUCAUGGCGGCGGUGGUUGACGGAAAGAGCGGGAACAGCGCGCUGCACCUGGCGGCCAUGGAGGAGAAGAUGGACGUCUGCAGGUACCUCGUGGAGGACCUCCGCCUUGACAUCAACCAAACCAACGACAAUGGUGAAACUCCGCUAUUCCUUUCUGCAUUCUUUGGGAGAGCUGUGGCUGCAAAAUAUCUUCUUGCUCAUGAUGCCGAUCCAAAGUUAGGUGGUAAAACAGGAUCGCCUCUCCAUGCUGCUGCACACAAAGGUCUCUCUCUCAUGUACACACACAAAUCUGUGGCCGACGGGAACUCCAUGGCGCGGCUGGCGAGCAUCUUCGACGUGCGGUGUGACCGUGGGCUCCGGUGCCAGCGGCAUGCCCUGGCCAUGCCGGUGGCGCGCGGCGUCGACGACGCUCUCUGGCUCUUCUAUGCCGAGGACGUGCUCGCGUUCCUCAUGCGUAGUUGCCGUCGUGGUUGGUCGUCCUCGUUCGUGAGCCUCCGCGCACUGCUCCGGCCGGCCGUCCCAUGCAUCAGGCUCGCCGCGCACCAGAGGUGGGGGGCGGAGCUCGCCGAUGCAGGGCAGGGGAAGGAGCUGCGUCGUGGGAUCCACCUGAUCUAUCACUUCCCCACACCAAACAAGGUUCUCAACCUUGAUGAUACCCCGUUGAGUAUGGCCAUAAGGCCCAUACCAACUGCAUCGGUGAACUGUGUGAAGCUACUCAUUAAGGCUGGCGCUGAUGUGAAUUUCACUGACUCGAAUGGUGGUAGUUACGUGGCGUUGGCAGCAACUUGUGGCUCAGCUGGCAUCAUGAACUGUUUACUAGAAGCUGGUGCCAACCCGAAUAUUGCAGAUGAAUUUGGUAUAACUCCAAUUGAAGUUGCUGCUUCCCAAGGCAGAAGAGAAAUUGUUGAAAUGUUAUUUCCCGUAACUUCUCCGAUUUCAAAGCUUCCCGAUUGGAGCAUUGACGGGGUCAUUUCGCAUGUGAAAACUUUUGGUUUGCAGCGGGAUAAACUUAAGUGUCAGAAGAAAAGAGCUGAAUUGAAAUUAAAAGCUGCUGAGGCUUUUAAGAGAAGUGAAUAUAUGAUGGCAGCAGAGAUGUAUACUGUUGCAAUGGAACUUGGCCCUAGCUCAGAUGAUUAUGCAACCCUGCUAGCAAAUAGGAGUCUCUGUUUGUUGCGCUUGGAAAAUGGAACUAUGGCUCUCAAAGAUGCUACUUUGUGUAGAAUGAUGCGACCCAACUGGCCAAAAGCCUGCUAUCGACAAGGGGCUGCUUUUAUGCGUCUGAAGGACUACGAAAAAGCAUGUGAGGCUUUCGCAGAUGGCCUAAAGUUGGACCCCAAAGCCGUUGACAUUGAGAAUGCUUUAAGGGAAGCAACUGCAAUGAAGACUUAGCCUACACGCAUUACAUGAUACCUUGGGUAGUUGUGGCUCUCUUGUUGCUACUUGCUAGGUCCAGGAUCAGGAUACCCCGGUUGUUCUCUGCUUCUCUGGUAUCUACCUACAGCAACAGUGCAAGCCUCUCUUUUUUAAGACUUCUGGUUGCCCCCAUCGUGUGUAAACAUUACUGAAUGCGAUGGAUGUGUAUCUAGUUUCAGUUUAAAAGUCAACAAAAUGCUAUAGAUUGAGUUCUUGUC